AACGGUUCGAAUUGUGUGCAAGACGACAAUGGCGCACAUCGUUGUGUGGCUGGUGGUGCUGGCAGUUGUGGUGGCAUCAACGGGUUGUGGAAGCAGCAGCGGUGCAACAACCGCAGCGCACCCGCAUCAGCGCGCCCGGCGGCCUCGGCAACAGGAUGACGGGUUUGGGGUUCCAGCAACGCAGCUACGGUUGCACGGCGGCAUGCGGGCUUGCUUGCAAGCAACCCAUCACGGCGGAGUGCAGCUGCAUCCUUGUCACGUGGACAGUGCAGAUCAGUGGUGGGCACUGCAGCCCCAACCAGAAGACAUCAACGCGAUCGUCUUGCGGCUGGAAGACUCGCCUUCGUGUGUCGCCAUCGACGCAGCAGUGGACAGUUUGGAAGAAACCGCAUCUGUUCAUCUUGCACCAUGCUCAUCUUCCGCUCUGCAGCGCUUCUACAUCUUCAAGACAUCGUUUGCCGAACGCGGUGGGAUGGUGAAAGGCUAUGCCAUCCAGUCGCUCCAGUAUCCGCACUUGUGUCUGGACGGAAAUAUGCGAGCCACCCUCAGCACAGCGCUGAGGCUGGCACCCUGUCAAGAUUCCGCUUUUCAGGUGUUUCAUGGCGACAUGUUGGCGCUGUUGGCGCAGCCGGCAGAGGCACGCGUCAAGCCAUCCGUUGUGGAUGCACCUUCUUCAUCGCAGACACGAGCAGCAACAAGCAAAGAAGCUGCACACAUUGAACGCGUGGAAGAGCUACGCGCAAAACUGAAACAACGACAACAGCAGCAGGGGCAAGAACACAAACGACAGCGCCGUUCGUCAACGCACACAAGUGCAUCGUCGUCACAACGCCAGGAUGUGCUGCGCGUGUUUGCAGACAGCGAGUGGAGAGGCAGAUCAAGUGGCUUCUCGUGUUGCGGCAAGCAUCGCCUCCGACAGCCAGUGCACUCCAUCCUCCUCAAGCCAGGCUAUCACGCUGUGUUGUACGGUGGCUGGAAGUGCGAUGAAGUGCUUGCAGACCUUGCUGGCUCAACCAACAACGCGUCAACAUUCACAAACGGCGCACAGGUGCAAUGCCUGCAAGCACUGGCGCUGCAGCCCUCCGUGCACCUGCCAAGCAAGAGUGCGCCGUCCUCCGUGUCUGCGUUUUCCGAGGAAGACUUUCAAGGACGGGAGAUCAAGCUGCCAACCAUCGCUGCUCCAAACAUCUACCAAACACCCAUUGCCUCCUUGUUUCAUUUUCAUGAGGAUCCCUCCACAUCAGACACAAUUGCGUCUCUUCGCAUCCCCGCAGGCAGCCGUGUAUUCCUGCACCAUGGCGACAGGCAAGCUGGCGGUCGACUGCUUGUGCGAGAUGUACGUGGUGGCCUUGAGCCAUCCGAGUUUACGCACGCGAGCAUAACAUGGAUGCCAUGGUCCCAACUCCGCGGUGUCGUGUUCUGCCCACGACCGCUCUACCACGGGCACUGCCAGUACUACACACUCGGGCUGUACGAUGUGCCCGCUGAAGGCCUGGGCUCCAUCUUUAUCGCUCGCCCAGGCUACCGGGUGAAGCUGCUGAACAAGGACAGCCGGCUUAUCACUGCCAUUGACAACAACACCACAGACACGUCACACGUGUUUGAGCUCGAGAAGCAGAGGCCAGCCUCGUUCCUGGUCGGAUUUGCCUGUGAGAAUGACUGCAACAAGCACGGGCGGUGCAUUGGCGCGAACGUGUGCACAUGUCACAAGGGCUGGAAGGGGGAAUUUUGCCAGUAUGGACCACCCGAUUUUACCAGCGUUAUCGUCUGCGACAGCAACACUGCGGUGGCCGGGUCGCCCUUGCAUUGCAUCAUUCGGCCGCGCCAUGCCGGGUUGCCAACAGCGGCGAGCGGAUCCGAUUUCCAGCUGCAGCCAGACCUCGAUGCCAUCACGCACGUGUCACUGCGCAUGCUGCCGCCACCCGCUGUCAAUCUGGGCACGGGCGCCAGCCACGACGACAACAGCAGCAACAGCAGUGAUGAAAUCGAUGCACUCAGCGAACGCGACAUUCACUUUGAGGUGACGGCCAACCAUUCCACCUCUGGCCACGAGCGCCUGUUCACCGCAGUCGUCGUGACACCGCUCCUCCCUCAGCGGCAGAGUGGUGGUGAUGGUGGGGAAGGAGAAGAGGGUGGUGAUGAGGGUGACGACCAUGAAUUGGAUGUGCUCAACACACCUGUCAUUGCAGUCUUUCCGCGCUGGUCUUCCACAGACGUGCAGGUUUCGUGCGGACAGCCGGUGCAUUCUCUCCUUGACGCGACGCGGCGAUAUGACUGCAUACUCACCACGGCUCCUCGUGGUGUGUACACCGUGGAUGAUGAUGGUGAGUGUGGUAGCAGCGACAAACACAACGCGGGCGGACCACCGAAGCGCGCUUCAGCUGAUGAUGAGCACACGGACGCUGGCACCUCCAUCUGCGUUCCCACGGUGCUCGACGCUUUGUCGUGCAGAAUCGAGGAUGGUGGUGCAAAGGCAGCGGCACCACCGCUGUCGUCGUCAUCAUCAUCGUUUGCUGUAUCCAUGCAUGCAAGCAACGCGGAUGCUGUUGGUUGCUCCUUCAAGUUCAGCAUUGACGUCAUGGAGGACGGGAACCCAGAUGAUGAUGAUGCUCCUGAUGGUACCGAUGAAGUUGAGAUGGAUCGAGUCUCGAGCAACGCCGACAACAUUGAUGGUGGCGACAGCGCUGACGACGCUGCUGUGUUGGUCUGCGGGUAUGUGUAUCGCUCUGGCCAGCAUCGCAGCAACAGCGAUGAGAGCAGCAGCAGCAGCAGCAGCAGCAGCGAUGGCGACAACAGCAAUGGCAGCCGAGGUGGCAGUAGCGGACAAGCGCAUAUCGACGAUGUAUCUUUCGAGGACAGGCUGAUUGCGUUAAGUGUUGGUCGCUUGCUGGAGGAGGAGAAGCAAGCACACGUGCUGAGCAGAGAUGUGACACGCCAGCUCGCACAUGUGCACGCGCUGCUGCGCGCGUAUGAGUUUGACGGUGCCGUGGCCUUGCUGCGAUAUAUGCUCCUCAGCUUGGAGCGCAACCCAGUCGCAGCUCUCAUGGCAAACGCGCAACCACAGUACCAACAACAACCACAGCAGCAGAGUGCAAAGGCGGUUGCAAUUGUGCAACAAGUGCAGCUGACACUGAAUCUUCUCUUGCUUGACGUGCUGGGCAAGGUGGGCCGAUUCCAAGAGGCUUUGCUUGCAAGCAAUGAGCUGCGUCAGCUGUUGGCGCUGUGGGGAGAAACGCCAUCGAGAACAACACAUGCGCAAGUGAGCGCACUGGAAGCGCGGGCGUCGCGUGGCCUCGAAGUAUUACAGACGCUCACUGAUAUGCUCUCAUCGUCUGGCGACGUGGAUGAGUCAGCAACGGACAUGUGCUCACCAGCCACCAUCACCGCGCUGUCAGCAGUGUUGGUCGAUGCCCCAGCCAGCGCUACAUAUCGACGGUGGCGCGCCGAGUGCCAUCUCAGACAUGGCAACGCCAGCGCGGCGUUGGCGGAUGCGAGCAUGCUGGUGCGCCUUGACAAAGCGGAUGCCAGAACGCUUCGACUACAUGGCGCCAUUCACUGGCGUUUGCUCGGCAACACAGAGGUGGCGGCGACCGUCCUUGCCAAGUGCAUCAGAAUUUCCACGCCCGAUGCGGGUGCCCGACAGCUGUGCAAGCGUGAGGAACAGAUGAUGCGACGUGUGCUGUCGCUGGCGGCGGAGGCCAAACAGUUUAAGGACCAGCGGGAGUUUUUGCGUGCCAUUCAUGCAUUUGAUACUCUGCUCGCAUUGGAUGCGCACAGCGAGAUGGCACUGACGGCGCUGCAGGAGUUGUGCGAACUGCACUUCUUCGUCAACAGAAUUGACGCUGCCCUCCACAGUUGCACCCGCGCGUUGGAAGACGUUCGCCUGCAGGAGAACAGCCAGUUUGUGGUUCAUUUGCUCAUGUAUCGAGCGUGGGCCUUCCUCACAAAGGAGAUGUUUUCAAACGCGCUUCGCGACGUGAAACGUGCGCGCCGCAUUUCGCCACACGACAUGAAACUUCUGGUGCUCCAGCGCAAGAUUGAACUUGCUGUCAAGGAGGCCACCACCAAGGACUACUACAGCAUCCUCGGCGUGCCCAAGGGUGCGAGCACGGCAGUGAUUCGACGGGCGUAUCGCCGCCUCGUGCGCGUUUGGCAUCCAGACAAGAACAAACACCCAGACGCAGAACAGAAGUUCCUCGACAUUGUCGAGGCGUACGAGGUGCUGAUGGACGAUGAGCUGCGUGCAGCGUACGACAAGGGCGUGGACAUCACUGAGUAUAUGGAGCGGCGCAAGCGCUCGCAGCAGCAAGAACAAGAGCAGGACUCGUCAGCUGAUGAGACGGACAGUAGCAGCCAUGGCCGGGGCAAACAACAAGGCCAGCAGCAGCGUGAAGACGAUGCCAGCGAUGACGACGAUGACGACGGCAGUUCGCAACAGCGACAGCAGCAGCGAAGCAAGCGCUCGCGACAGGCAACAAGGGACAUUACGUUGCCCCAGCACUGCUGUAUCACCCACCAAGAGGACUAGCAGUUGGCGUGUGUGCGCAGGGUCGCAGUGUGCAUGUGCAUAUGUGUGUGCGUGUUUGUAUGUGCGUGUAUGUGUGUUAGGCAUGCGGUUAACAGUGACAUGAUGACGACGGCCGGCUUGAUUCCCAGCCACUUCUGCAGCACUUCCAUCUUCGCAUGUGAAAGUAAAACGACCUUCGAAC